AUGUCAUCCAGGUCAUCUCGUUCAUUAUCUCCAACUUUACAAACCCAAUCGCAAUAUUCUCAAGUAAAACGUGCAAAAAAACGACCUAGCAUUAAUACUCGAGCUUCUCGGGUGGGAGUAACUAAUUUCAUAAAUGUUAUCAAAAAUUUACAUAACGGAAAAUCUAUAAAUUAUUUUCCUAUUACUGAGGAAACUUUAUAUGAAUAUAUUGAUUCUAAAAAGAAAUCACUAAUAAAAUCUGGUUCUUUAGAACAAUAUUUGCAACACAUUCAAGCCUAUAACCUCGCAUUAGGUUUUGGUUGGGAUGGAAAAAUAUUUGGACCAAUUAUUAAAAGAGCCUUGGAUGAAUUGAAAGAAUAUGAGGAUGAUAUUAUGAGAUCUAAUAAACAACCAGAAUCUUCCUAUACCAUUUUACCAAUUCCUCCAACUCCUGAAGAAAAUUCUAUAGUUCUUGAUGUAUGCUUUGAUAAUAAAACUGUACCAUCAAAAAUUUUGGAUGUGAUAGCCCAAGUAAACCUUGAUAACUUAAAAUAUACAGAUCCACUAUUAAACCUUCGAAAACUUUACGAAAAUGUAGCCGCCGCCGACCUUAGUAAAUAUUGGGGAGGAAAUAUUGAUGAUUCUCAACUCUUUUAUCGUAAUUGUACAAAAGAUUCAUUUGUACAUUAUAGUUUGAAUAACGAAGAAGCUUUCGCUCUUUUUUGGACAAGUUUUAAUGAACGUGCCUUUAUUCCCGUUCUAAAAUCAGUUACUAUCCGUUCUCCUUCAAGAAUAUAUAAAAAGAAAAUCGCCAUUACCGUUAAUACAACCUUUUCGUCUUUAAUUUCUUUCGCCAUUAAGAAAUCACUUCCCUCCGGAAAACAAUUUGUUAUAAGGGCACCCGAUGGAAUUGAAUAUAUUCCAGAUGACUUCGUGCGUACUGUCAUUACAGGAGUAGAACAUGCUGAAAUUAUAUUAACAAUAGAAGACAUCGGUCCAAUCGAUUUUGAUUGUUUUUAA